UUGUGAUCUGUGAUUUUCGUAUUGAUUUUGUCGAAUGUAUUGACUAAUAAAAAAAGAAGUAGAAGAAUUAUGCGAUGGUGGUCAGUGAGUUUUUUUUUAAAUAAACGAAUUUUAAACUUACACGGAGCACUUAGCAUAAUCGGAAAAAAAUAUGAACAUGAAGUCUGAUUAAGGUGUUUUCUUAAAAAUCACCAAGAUGGAUAUGAAAAUAAAAAGACCAGAGAUAAAAUGUAUGGACCCUGAAAAUUAUCGGAAAUAUUUUCGAGCUUUGUGUUGGAGUGGCACCAGACGACAUGAUAAGAAACCACAGAAGAAAGUUAGUAUUAGAGAUGCCUUCAACAGAGUUAAUCGGCCGAAUGCUCUUGCAAUUUGCUAUGCUCCGACUCUUAUACCCAACCCUUCACAGUUUGCUGUUUAUGCUACCGUCCGUAGAACGAUUUUAGCUCGAUGUCGUCAGAUACAAGCCGCAGCAAUUGAUUACUCUGAUGACAGUGACACUGAAGAAGUCGCACCGCCCGUGUCUGUCACAAAAGUUUCAAUGAUCACAGCCAUUGGCUUGCGAACAGUGUUUGCUCUUAUUUCACAAGCCAGAUUCAAAGAUGUCCUUCUGUGUGAGCAAUCACUGAAAGCAUUGUUGGAUGUACUACAAGGGCAUGCUCCUGAAGACCUUGGACAUGAAGCAAGCGAUGUAAUUUGACAUAUUUGAUUUGUUAUUAACUAGUUUUGUAAUGUAGAUUUAUUUAAAACACCGGCCUUUCUAGAACGCCUUACACUUUUUCUGCACUUCAACUGGCCUAUUCACUAAUUUGGUUUAAAAUAAGAACCUAAUAAAAAUAACAUGAAAUGUCUUCUACCUAGUAUGAUAUCCACGAACGGUUGUCAGUAGGCACCAGAUGACAUUUGUUACAUAGAAUCUCAAUUUUGUAUAUGUCAACAAUCAUACGUCAAAGUUAGUGAAUCAGUGUGCUGAUUCUAAUUCAAAUUAUGAUACACGGAAGGUAAAUUUAUUAUUAUUUGUGAGUGUCAUAUACGUACAGUGGCUGUAUAUUAUAAGGCAUUAAGGGGGAAAGCGGCGAUAACAUCUGGCCAACCCCAAUAGUUACCCUAACCUCCACGCGGUGCCCCCUGCUAAAUAACGGACGAAGCUCUGGCGAUCGACCAGUGGCGGUAGUCAUUUAACUCUUGGGAAAACAGCUGGAAAAGGCUUCAGCGACCUUGGAAUUUUCAAAUCAUUUCUAAAAUAUCUGGAGCAAAAGGCAACGAAACAUUAUUUAAGCUAGAUAACGGACGGAGCUCUGGCGACCGACCAGUGGCGGUAGAGUCAUUAAACUCUUGGGAAAACUGCUGGAAGAGGCUUCAGUGACCUUGGAAUUUUCAAAUCAUUUCUAAAAUAUCUGGAGCAAAAGGCAACGAAACAUUAUUUAAGCUAGAUAACGGACGGAGCUCUGGCGACCGACCAGUGGCGGUAGAGUCAUUAAACUCUUGGGAAAACUGCUGGAAGAGGCUUCAGUGACCUUGGAAUUUUCAAAUCAUUUCUAAAAUAUCUGGAGCAAAAGGCAACGAAACAUUAUUUAAGCUAGAUAACGGACGGAGCUCUGGCGACCGACCAGUGGCGGUAGAGUCAUUUAACUCUUGGGAAACGAGCUGGAAAAGGCUUCAGCGACCUUGGAAUUUUCAAAUCAUUUCUAAAAUAUCUGGAGCAAAAGGCAACGAAACAUUAUUUAAGCUAGAUAACGGACGGAGCUCUGGCGACCGACCAGUGGCGGUAGAGUCAUUUAACUCUUGGGAAACCAGCUGGAAAAGGCUUCAGCGACCUUGGAAUUUUCAAAUCAUUUCUAAAAUAUCUGGAGCAAAAGGCAACGAAACAUUAUUUAAGCUAGAUAACGGACGGAGCUCUGGCGACCGACCAGUGGCGGUAGAGUCAUUAAACUCUUGGGAAAACUGCUGGAAGAGGCUUCAGUGACCUUGGAAUUUUCAAAUCAUUUCUAAAAUAUCUGGAGCAAAAGGCAACGAAACAUUAUUUAAGCUAGAUAACGGACGGAGCUCUGGCGACCGACCAGUGGCGGUAGAGUCAUUAAACUCUUGGGAAAACUGCUGGAAGAGGCUUCAGUGACCUUGGAAUUUUCAAAUCAUUUCUAAAAUAUCUGGAGCAAAAGGCAACGAAACAUUAUUUAAGCUAGAUAACGGACGGAGCUCUGGCGACCGACCAGUGGCGGUAGAGUCAUUAAACUCUUGGGAAAACUGCUGGAAGAGGCUUCAGUGACCUUGGAAUUUUCAAAUCAUUUCUAAAAUAUCUGGAGCAAAAGGCAACGAAACAUUAUUUAAGCUAGAUAACGGACGGAGCUCUGGCGACCGACCAGUGGCGGUAGAGUCAUUUAACUCUUGGGAAACCAGCUGGAAAAGGCUUCAGCGACCUUGGAAUUUUCAAAUCAUUCCUAAAAUGGCUGUAGGAAAAGGCAACGGAACACCAUUGCUAUGACUACGAAUUUUCCUAGUAAAUCGAAAGUAUGACGAAAGCAAAUAUAAGAAGUCUCGUAAUGCCUGGCAUAUGAAAAAUAAUCUCCGGGCUGGAAUUGAGAUUUAAUAACGGUAACGUCAUGGAAUGCCCGAACAUUGCAACAAGACCGAAAAAUUUUAAACGCUGUUGGUGAAAUGAACAAGAUGGAAUGUUUUGGACAUUAGUGGAACAAGAUGAAAAGACAGUGGCGAUAUACCAACAUAUGGAAAUACUCGAAAUUUAUUUUCGGGUGGACACUAUCAUAACAAAGGAGUAGGCAUCCUGGAGUAAGGAGGUAAAAAACUGUAAAUUAGGUUAUUUACCACAAUCAGAGAGAAUUAUUUUGCUACAUUUAAGACCUAUCAGAACGAACUUAAUCCAAACUGCAUAUAGUACGCAAGAAGACUGAAAGGCUGUAUUAGGACUGGCAUGUGGUACUGAAAAUUACAAAAAAGCAUAACUUUAAUGUUAUAAUCGGAGGUUUUAACGCUAAGGUAACAAUACUUUUACACAACAUUAUUGGGCAGCACAGUCUUAAUAAAAACAAUGACCGAGAUGAAUCCCGUAAAAAAAUACAGUCUUACUGUAAUGAAUACGUGGUUCAAAUUAUCUAAGAGGCGUUUGUAUACUUGCAAUCUCCUGCUCAUACGAGAACAAACAUAGUAAGGAAUCAGACUGACUAUAUACUCGAAUGUGUAAACAGACGAUUCCGAAAUGCCACUAUUAGCGUUAAAACUUAUCCAGGUGCAGACAUGAGUUCAGACCGUAUAACACUAAUGCCUAAGAGACAAAUGACUUAAUUGAUAUCAGUAAUGAUAAUUUAGUAGAAGAGGAGCUAUGGUUGAGCCUAAAACAGCGUUAUUAGUUUCAGCUACAGACACUCUGGGGUUUAGGGAUAAAAGCUGUAGCAAAUAUUGGAUUACUGACGAAAUAAUUGAUCUAUUUAAACAAAGAAGAGAUAACACGCAAGUCUACAAUAAAUAUAACAAUUUAAAUACAAUUUUACAAAGUAAGAUUCAAAUAGCUAAAGAAAAUGAUUUACCAAAAAUUAAAACAUAUAGGAAAUCUUACGCCAACGCACCAUUAUGGCGUCCUAUCUCGUGAGGCUAUAUUUUCCUUAAAUGUUUUUGCAGAGAAAUGCAACAGAAUGUGUAUGUGUUUCAUAGAUUAAGAAUAGGCAUAGUUCAAAAUGUAUUCCUAAUGGAGUUACCAAGAAAAAGGGGGUUGGAUGACAAGAAUCUUCAACCGAGGAAUCAAGAAGCAGCAAUGAAAAAAGAUGGAAAACUAUGGCAUCUAAUUAACUAACUAAAGGGGUUCGCCAAGGCUGCAUUUAGUCUCCAUUACUAUUCAACCUAUACUCUGAAGAAAUCUUAACAGACCUAUUUAACUGUAUACAACAAGAAAUCAUUAUAUACGGAUUGCAUAAAUAACAUAAGAUAUGCCGAUGACCCAACCCAAGUUCUCAUUACUAGGUCUGCCACUGGGUUACAGUAUCUUCUCACUGAAGCGGCGAUAUCUGGACAAGCCAAAGGCUUUUCACAUACUGAUCGUUAAACUCCGUUACGGGGAUGGCACCGCGUGUUGAUCAUGGUAAUAUUAUCCCGUAUUCUCAUGGGAACGGGGAAGGGAGGUGGGUGAAACCGUGGGCGUCGACUAGUACAUCUACUAGUUACUCCAUUUGUAUGUAUAUAAAUUUAUAUGGUAUUAAAUAAGCUAGCUUAGUCAACUUAGUACCCAUAGCACAGGCUACGCUGUAUGCUUACUUUAGGGCUAGAUAGUGAUGUGUGUAUUAUACUUAAUUAUAUUUAUAUUUAUACGUACUAAGUACAGUCUGCUACAAUUUUUAUUUAGUAAUAUUUUAUUUUUGUUUUCAUUAGAUAUUUUUUGUAAUUUCUAUUCAAUCCUAUUAUCACAUUCUUGUUUUAUUUAAUUUAUAACAAAAUUUCAUGAAAUUUUGUAUUAUACUUUAGGUAUAUUUAUAUUUAUGCAUACUAAAGUUUGCUACAAUUUUUAUUAUUUAGUAAUAAUUUAUUUUUGUUUUGAAUAUGACAUUUUUUUGUAAUUUCUAUUCAAUCCUAUUAUAUUCCUUGUUUUAUUUAAUUUUUAACAUUUUUUUUUUCAUUCUGUAAGUUACAAAAUUUUACGAAAAUUUAAUAAUAAAAAAUAAAUAAUACUUUAAGUAUAUAUGCAUACUACAGUUUUCUAUAUUUUUUAUUGAGUAAUAAUUUACUUUUGUUUUUAUUAGUUUUUUUUAGUAAUCUCUAUUCAAUGCUAUUAUCAUAACCUUGUUUUAUUUAUUUUUUAACAUUUUGUUUUUCAUUCUGUAAUUUACGAAGGAAAUAAUUUUAAUUUUCUUUUAUAGUACGAGAUCCCGCAUAAGAAAUAUACCCUCAUCUGAUACUUAAUUGGGAUAACAAAUUAAUGACAGAAAACAUUCACAUUGACACAUUGCACAUAGGUUGCCUAGUUAAAUAGCUCCAAAUCAGUAUUAAAUGAUUAUUUAUUUAAUCUCCUUCCAAAAAAUCGUACACUAGUCGAUACAAUAUACCCAAAAGAAUUGAAAAGUUCUGGAUGCCUGCUUUCAAACUGCAAUUGUGAGGAUGUCAGAUAUAAACAGUUAAGUAAUGUUAUUUAUCAUUCAUAAGUUAUUACGAGUAAGUUAAAUGAAAGCUUAUUUUAUGCCUAUGUUAACUGUAUUUAUUGACUUUGAAAAAGUGGUUUCCUGGAGUUUGAAUGAAAAAUAUGUUUAGCCGCAAUAUAACUGGGCAACCUAUUUGCAAUGUGUGACUGUGAACAUUAUUAUUUAUUUCAUAGCACUAAUAAAUAACAGAUGAGGAUAUAUAUUUGUAAAUUCAAAAAAUAUAAUAAUUAUCUUAGACCAUCAUGUUUUAUACAUUAUCACAGAACUUACAAGUUCAGUUGUUUGAGUUAAAACAUAUUAUGUAUUGGAAGAAAUCAGAAGACCCAGAAGAUUUUUUUUUUUAAAUAUUCCUUUUAUUCUUUUUUUAGUUUUAAUUUUAUUCUAUUUUUAGUUUUAAUGUUAUUCUAUAUAUAUUUACAGCUUUAAAAUAAAUAUAAAUAUAUUUUUAUUUGUAAAAAUAAAACCAAAUACUAUUAAGUUAU